AUGGAGAACAGCGGCUGGACGGACGAGCCGGCCACAAGCGCCUGGGAAGACGUGGCUGCUCAGCAUGCAGCCGCGACUGGUGCUACAUCAGAUUCCAUCCACCGUAAAGAGGUGCCUGCGUCUCUGCGGCCUGGUGGAGGCGGCAUCGACGUAGGCUUCGGCUCUCCGGAAGAUGAAGACAGCGUGUGGAACGAGGCACGAAAGCAGCCGUCCGAGCUGAAUCUGCCCAGCCAGAUCCCCGAUGCCCUCAGGCCAGGCGUACAGAGAUCAGAGACCAAUCCAUUUCUGAAAAACCGAGCUCCGUCAGACCAGAGUCUCCAAGACGUUCCGGCGUCUCUGCAACCGCCAACUGCCUCGCUUUCUAGCAUAAGCCUGGAGGAGACGGGCAAUCAUAAUCCAUGGAAGCCGACAAUCGAUGUGCAGCCGCCAACCCAUGGAAAUAACUUACACGAUGCUAUAGCAUCUGGUGACUCUGAGCCUGAUCCCUGGGCUCGUUCCAGCCCACACCCACCUGCAAAAGUGCCCAUCUCGCCAAAGUCUCCAGACCUAAUCUCUCUACACUCUAGAAGCUCGAGUUGGGAUGACGAUUCUCACAGCGAGCGUGAUGAAAAAGGCUCCCCAUCGCAGAAACCAGUGAUGCCAGAGGACCUCGAGCGUGAGCAGCACGUCUGGGACGAUCUGGGGUCUUUGGAUGCCGCCAAGGGCAAGGGCAAGCCGCAAGAACCCUCGGCAAUGGUGCUGGAGGAAAAGCCAGCCCUGCCGCCCCGAGACACAGAGAGUCGUGCCAAAUGGGUUCCAUCACGUCCGCCCGUCGAUGGCAAGGCCGAAACGUACCAAGUGAAGAACAUCCGUUGGCACGACCCCAACUCAUCCAAAAACCCCCGCGUGUCUCCCAUACUUAUACAGAAUGAGAAUGGACCCUGUCCUUUGGUUGCGUUAGUCAACGCGCUGACCAUGACUACACCUGACGAUAUCCCCGAUACAGUCCUGGUGCAAGUUUUGCGCUCACGGGAGCAAGUCAGCUUGAGUCUUCUGCUGGAUGCUGUUUUUGACGAACUCAUGUCUCCUCGACGAACGUCGUCAGAGGACUCUCUGCCAGAUGUCUCCGAACUAUACUCGUUCCUCCAGAGUCUCCACACCGGCAUGAAUGUCAACCCUCGAUUCAUCCCCACUCCUGAAGUUGUCACCGCAUAUGAGCAUACUUCACUAACACAGCUUCACCCACUCGAGCGACACAAGUACAUCCCUGGAACCUUUGAGGACACUGCAGAGAUGAAUCUCUAUGCGACCUUUUCUAUUCCUCUCGUUCAUGGUUGGCUACCGCCUUACGAUGAUGUCGUCUGUGCUUCCAUGCAAAGACAUGCUACCUCUUACGAAGAUGUGCAGAAUCUUUUGUUCCGCGAAGAAGAGCUAGAGGACAAAUUAGCUACUUCUGAGGAGGGCCUUACGGAAGCGGAGCAAGAUUUAUAUCAAGACAUCAUCACCAUCAAGAUAUUUUUGAAUGAAUCAGCUACCCAGCUGACGCCCUGGGGAAUCGAGGUCAUCCAAAAAGCAAUCCGACCCGGUACAUUUGCUAUCCUUUUCCGCAACGACCACUUCUCAACCCUUUAUUGCCAUCCACAAACCCAGCAGCUCCUCACUCUUGUGACGGAUGCCGGCUACCGGACUCACGAUGAAAUUGUAUGGGAAAGCCUACGGGAUGUCAACGGGGAACUAAACCAAUUUUUAUCCGGAGACUAUCGACUUGUAAGCGGCGACACCGCAGCAGAACCAAUUACUAGCAACGGUAAACGCCAUAGCGACCAGGACGGUGGCGCUUGGACAACUGUCACCAACAAACGGGGCAAGACUAAGGAGACUGCCCCUAUCGACGAACCAGGUCAAGCAAGCUCCAGCACCGAACAAGAAGACAGAGACUUGGCCCUCGCCAUGCAGCUACAAGAGGAAGAGGAUCAAAGACACCGAGAAGAACAGGCGCGCCGGCAACGGGAGCGAGCACUCUCGGAGCAAUAUAUCGAGCAAGCUCACCUCCCCAUACCUGUUACUCGCCCCGAAGGCAAUUCUAGAGGAAACGCCGGUGGUAACAAUGCUUCUCGGCGCAGCUCUGCGGCUGGCCCAAGUGGCACCACGCCCGUUCUACCGCCGCGGCGAAGUAGCAACAGCGUCAGCAAUAGUGCCAAUAAUAGCACCAGUGCACUCGCUGCCUCUACUUCUCAACGGUCUUUGCCUCCACGCGGGCCUGCGUCACAAACUGUCCGGCCCUUGGUCCCUCCUGCGAGGCCAGGCGUCAAUAGACCGGUUAGCUCUGAUGAACCGCCGCCACCCUCGUAUGAACAGGCUGCUCAGGUUCCUGCAUAUGUUCCUCCUCCAGGGCAUCCUAACCACCACGAAAGCAGCCCAGCGGCUUCUAGACAGGCGUCUCGAACAAGCAAUGGACCUCCUGCGGCAGGGCGUGGCCGACGACCCGGCGCCUCGGUUCCAGCAAGUCGAAGACCCGCUGUGGCUUCUGGAGGGAGCUCGAGUCGAUCUGAUAGAGACUGUAUAGUAAUGUGA